AGAAAUGGAUCCCGGGUUGCCGCGAGCUAUAUCGAGCUCGUCUCUGGCCAUUUGAGAACCGAGACGAUGAAUCCUUUUCAACUUGACCGAUGCUGCCAUCACAUACAGCCGCUGUCAUGUCGGGUAACCCACCCGCUACCGCUGCACCUGAGUCAAGCAAGGCGAAGAAGCCCCGAAAGUCCCGAUCCAAAGGACUGCGAGCCACAACAGGCUGCAAGACAUGUCGGAGUCGCCAUAUGAAAUGUGACGAAGCCAAACCCCGAUGCGGUCCAUGCAAGCGAAGUGCUCGAGAAUGCGAGUAUGGAGAUCCGACUCAGAGAGCAAGGCCGGCGAGAGAGGCAAGGCCCGCGACAUCCACAAGGCCGGAUCCAAUAAGAGAAGAAAUUGCGGCCAGCAAUGACCGUCAGUCCGGAUAUGAGGCUGAGUCCAAAGUAGCCAGCAGCAUCUCCAGAGACAUACCGGAGAAGAGAGAGAGCUUACCUGAACCUCCGUGGGAACAAGCGAAUCCGCUUGAGGUCUUCAAUAUCACAAGUCCACAGUCAACGCUUAGCUCCACUGGUUUUGGACUCGACGCUCCGUUACGGUGGUUUGACUUGCUCGCUGGCGAUGCUAAUGCCAAUGACAAGGAAUUCUCCAUGGACCUUUUUAGCUGGGGUGAUGCAGCGACGGGUGAAGCGUCGAUAGCUCACAAUAUCGCGCAUACGCCAGCGGGGUCUCAGCCUUCUCCAGCCUUUGCUGAAGUGCCUUUGCUUCCGCCCACGCCUCUGGACGUCCCAAACAGCUUAGCGAGGGAACCGUGGCAGGUUGCGUAUCAUCUGCAGGCACGCGAGCUCCCGAUAUUUCGGCGAUUUGUGGAUCGCAUCGCUCUCUGGAUGGACUUAUUGGAUCCAAUGAAACACUUCUCGACUUUCGUACCUCAUCUUGCCUUGGACAACGAAGGGUUGAUGCUAUCGAUUCUUGCAUUGGGAGCUCGUCACAUGUCCAUCAAGCCGUCCCCAGGUACCGAAGAUGUGGAUCGAAACGUUGCGGUAGAAUACUAUUACAAGACCUUGCGCUACUUGCAGGGUGCCAUGAAGUACGAGUCAUACAACCGAAGCUUGCACCUGCACGCGACUGCACUUAUAGUUUCCAUGUACGAGAUGAUCGACGGUUAUGGCAAGGGCUGGGAGCGUCAUCUCAAGGGGGUGUUCUGGAUUCAGCGUAGCCGCAACAUAGGUGCCGAGACGCCAGGCCUAGAAGGCGCUGGCUGGUGGGCCUGGUUACGACAAGACGUGUGGGCCGCAUUUCGGGAAAGAAGACGAGUGUAUACUAUUCACCGAACGGUUAAGCGGUAUGAUGAGAUGAACCAGUAUGAUCUUGCUUCGAAAUCAGUAUACCUACUGGCCCAAUGCGUAAAUUACAGCUCGGAACAGGACACCCGCGACAGCGUCAACAACCUCAGCGCCCGUAUACAUCGCGCUCAGGCCCUCCACAAUUUACUCGAAGAAUGGCAUCGAAAUCUUACAGUACACUUCGCUCAGCUUCCCUGGCCCGGUACAACCAACGAAGACGACGUCUUCCAGCCCAUUUGGAUCAACCCGGCCCCCCUAGCCGCAUCGAUGCAGAUGUACUACUUUGCCAGAGUGCUGCUGUUGGUCCACGAGCCUAGCGCCGGGGGUUACACGGAGUUCACGCGACGUGAGAAACAGCUUAGCGAGGCUGUCGAGGCCAUCUGCGGAAUCGCCAUGACGAUCACGGACGAGCCUGCGACGAUCACGUCGACACAGUGUCUCUUCGCUGCAGGCCUGUACACACGUAGCCAAGAUGUGCAAAAGCGAGCGGCCAUCAUGAAGCUGAUUGACGAGGGCCAGAUACGGACGGGUUGGCCCGUGAACUCUUUGACAGAAGAGCUUCAAGCUGAAUGGAACUUGGCAGACACUCGCUGAGACUCGCAUGAACUGGAUAUUAACUGCAUUUACGACUAUACAGCAUCCUGGCCUACAUUCAUUCAUGCAAAAAUAGGCUGACAACAGCUGAAGCACUAUCGCAGCGAAGCCACUUGGAGGCCUUGCUAUCGUUACGACCUGAUGUGGCAUUCCCUUCGUUGUUGAUGAGGAUAGAUAAUCCGAACGAAUCGUCGUUCAUCUGCGCAUUCUCGCCGUUGCCUCUGCUGCAGAGGACGGAGAGGCAGCGGAGCCCUACGAGGCGCGAGACUGAAGAGUUUGCGUUCUGCUGCUGCGACGAGAGGUAAACCCAGCGUCCAGAUUCUGAAUGUGGCGAAAAAUAUCCACAUCUACAAACUAUUUUGUCUGGAUAGGGAGACAUGGUCAUGGAAGUGAAAAAGUGCGAAUAGCAAAAGAAAGAUGACGCAAAUCUGAAAGAUCUGGCGAAAGGACUCGAUGGUCCGACUCCAACUAUGUGGGUGCGGCCUUCAGCUGUUCAUCAGCAUGUGUAUAUUAUUAUGAUACGUAGUCGAUUAUCACGAAGACA